CACCGAUAGAAAUGACAUCUGAAUGUGAAAAUUUUGAUUGAUAUUGAUUGAAUGAAAGCCACAAGAGCAUUUCUGGUUGCGUUAAUUCUGAUAGUCUCUCCGAAAGGAAAUAGGGGCGAAAUCCCCACAGCCAAUAGAGACGAUGCUUCCUGUCCUAAUGGAUCCGAUUGCAAACCAGGGUCAGGCCACGGCUCUAGCGGAGCCCAAGCUUCCAACAUCGCCGAGAAAGCUGCUCUAGAAGCUAAAGCUGCAGGAGAUGCUCAGCAACAAGCAGGACAGCAAGCCGCCAGGCAAGUCAAGGAGCAACUAGCAGGAAAAGCUAUGCAGGCAGCCAAAGCUGCAGAGGCUGCUCUUUCUGGAAAGGAGGAUUUGGUACAAGAGCUCCAAGAACAAAUCAAACAAGCUGAUAUGGUGGUGAACGAGGAAACCUCAAGCCUCCAACAGCUCCAACAAACCGCUCAAUCUGCCAACAAGGCUGCCCAACAGUCCCAAGCUGAGCUCAAGCUCUUACAGACAUCUUUCCAGCUGGCGCAAGGCAACGCUGCUAAUGCCCAACAAUCAUUCGAGGGCAUGACCCAGCAGGUUAACGAGAAGGAGCAACUUCUGGAAGCUGCCAGAGCUAGAAUGGAGCAGCUCACCAAGCAGCUGCAGACUGCCAAGGCCGAUCUGAGCAAGACCAAAGAAUCUGCUAAGAAGGCUGAGUCAGCAGCAGCCGAAGCUAAGCAGAAUGCUUCGAGAAACAGGCGAAGAAUUGUGAAGAGGAGUGCAGCUAGGAAGUGACUUUACUGUGUUUAUAUCAUUUUAUUUAUAUCCACCUUUUUGUAUUAAGUAAACUGAUUACAAAUAAUGAA